GGCAGUAAUACCCAUGUCGUUUGCCAUUUUGUGAGGCUGAGGAUAAACUGGAUCACUCAAACACAGCCAUGAACUGAACUCAACCCCAAACAAACUCCUCUCCUCUUUCAACAAACCCCAACCAUGUCCAUUUCCAUGGCUUUGUUCUCUCCGCCACCGCCUACUCAAUUCCUCCGCUCAUUUUCCCCAAAACCCCAACUCUUCACCACCAAGCCAACUUUCUUACUCGCACCCACUAACCCACCCCUUCUUUUCUCUCCUCCAAAAGUUUCUGCAGACAACGGUGCUGGUGUUUCACCAGCUUCUGUAGAGGAGGAGCCGAAGGUCGCUGAGCCAGCUCCAGCCGCCGCUGCCGUGGAGACCUCUCUGGGGAGUAAUGGGGCUGUGAAGGGUGAGGAAGUGAAGGUGGAAACUAAAUUUGUAGACGCUAAAUGGAUUGGUGGGACUUGGGAUUUGCAACAGUUUCAGAAAGAUGGGAGUACUGAUUGGGAUGCUGUUAUUGAUGCUGAGGUUAGAAGGAGAAAAUGGCUUGAGAGCACUCCAGAAACUUCAAGCAACGAUGACCCAGUAGUUUUCGACACCUCGAUCAUACCAUGGUGGGCAUGGAUGAAAAGAUUCCAUCUACCUGAAGCAGAACUACUUAAUGGACGAGCUGCAAUGGUUGGAUUCUUCAUGGCAUACUUUGUGGAUAGUUUAACCGGUGUUGGUCUAGUAGACCAAAUGGGCAACUUCUUCUGUAAGACAUUAUUGUUUAUAGCUGUGGCUGGAGUACUUGUAAUCCGGAAGAAUGAGGAUAUAGAAACUAUAAAAAAGCUGGUGGAAGAGACGACAUUUUACGACAAACAAUGGCAAGCAACCUGGCAGGAUGAAACCCCUGGCAGCUCCAAAAAAUAAUAGAUAGAUGCUGUUUUGUAAGUUAAUCUUUAAUUGUUGUAUCCAGUUUUUAUUUGUUGUUGUUGUUGUAAUCAUGUAGUUGCCAAAGGAAUUGAAAUUUUAAUACCAUUUCAACGUAAUCAAGGCUUUCAUGAGCUUUCCAUUCA